AUGGCGCCGUCCGCAGUCUCCAAGUUCAACCAGGCUAACCAGUCUCCUCCUACUUCAGCUGGCAACCGAUGGCAUCUCAACUGCUUCCGCUGCAAUACCUGCGGCACCCUUCUCGAUUCCGAUGCGAACCUGCUACUCCUGGGCGACGGCUCGCUCAUCUGCAACAACUGUACAUAUAGCUGCAGUGCUUGCAACAACAAGAUCGAAGACCUUGCCAUCCUCACUGGAGAUCAGGCCUUCUGCGCAACGUGCUUUAGGUGUCGCAACUGCAAGCGGAAGAUUGAGAACCUGCGAUAUGCUCGAACCUCACAAGGCAUCUUCUGUAUGAGUUGUCAUGAGUCGCUCAUGGCAAGACGGAGGAAAAAAUCAAAAGCAGCAGCCCAGGCCAAGUCGAAAGAGAAGGACGGCUCCCCCAUGAUUACCGACAAGUCACUGCCCGCCUUACCGCCCAAUGCCAUUCCUCCAAAUGCCUUCCACGAUACCAAAGUCGACCCCGACUCCGACAAGGAAACUCCGACCGAGCUGUCCCCAAGACCGCGACCGGCAUACGGCAGAAAUGAUUCCUCGUCGAAAAAUAGCACUCGGCCUUCGCGUUCUCCUGAGCGUGUCUCGGAGCCCACCAGGGAAAGCGGCUUGGGUCUUCCUGCCGCAAACUACCGCAACAACCGCAACUCGACCAUGUACGCCCCUAAUAACAACGCCGAUAGUAACGGUGGUGACGACGGUUUCUUCAUUCCGGUGGCGCUGGACAAUAACCCGGCAUCGAAUGCCACUCCACGAUCGACAUCGGAGAACGUGUCCAGCACAUCCAAGAAGGACAAGGAUUACUUCAGCGUGCCCCGAGCCAGCACUGAUAAGAAGGGAGAAUCCCAAUCCUCAACACCCCAUAUUGCUUUUCAGGAGAAGGGUCGACAGCCGUCGUCCGAUUAUGAGUCCGGACCCAUUAAGUUGCCGCUGCGCAAGACUUCAAAAUCGUCUAGGCAUGAUGGGCGAUCAUCGGUCAUCAAUGAUGAGAAAUCGCAAAAGGUUACGACCGGCAAGCUUUCGCCAUCGAUUGAUGAGUUUAAGCUGCAAGAUGCACCCAAGAGCAAGAAGCUCAUUAGCCCGAGAAGUGCCUCUCACUCGGCCGCCUUGACCCCAGAGAGCGGCAGCGCCAAGAGCAGUGAAGGUGUUCUGCGCAAAGACAAGGAGCCGUUCCCUAACUUGCCUUCGUCCGAUUCACCUCCCCGCAUGGCCCGAUCGUCUCAAGAUUCGAGACAGCGCGAUGAGGGCGAGACACAACUGCUGGCAAAUCCAUUGCUCGUAAAGAACUUCCCUCGCGUAACUCCAACGGUAAACCUCUAG